AUGACUAUUACUCAGUCUCCGCUAAUGGACCCUUCGCUUGCUCACAGAAAAUGCGAUAGCCUCAAGUUUCGUACGUUCGGAGUAGAAUCAGUAUUGCGCAGGGUUAACGUCGCGGUUUUAUGUGAAAAUUCGACCACGUUCAGGAGGCUUGUUUUGGAAAACAGAGACGCUGACACGCCUAUUAUGCUGCAUGGUCCUACAGCUCGGCAAUUUGAUCACCUUCUCUGGGGCUUAGGUGUUGAUUCAUUGCCGCAACCCCGCGACGAAGAAGACCUUGAAUGUCUACUCGACGUGGAAGAACUUUCAAGACACUAUUCGAUUCACUACCUUCAAAUGAGAGCUGAAUCAACUGUCGUUGCCGUCAUCGCAGAAGGAACAAAUUCUGCUGUUCUGUCUUGCAAAACCGAUUCACUCGUUCGGAUGUUGAGAAUUACCAUCCGCGUCCAUAAUAACACUCUGUUCGCAUUUUUAAUGCAAAUGUGGACCUGGAGAUUGCAUUCAAAAGAACUUGACCGUACAAUUGCUAUCAGGGUAGCGCAGCCCUCGCGUUGGGAUUACGAUCCACAACCGUUUCUGAAGCUCCUCGGACACGCCUUCUACGCAGUCAUGAUGGAGUUGGAGUCGAAACUUUCUAGCGGCCAGCGUAUUGACCUCAACUCCCAUCUGACACAGGCUGAAAUAGUUCAUGUACAUUGCGGGUAUCACUCGCUCCGAUCCUGGUGGGACCAGAUAGCCUCCAAACCACCUGUUUACACGCAUUCUCCGCGAUGCAUGUACCCAGAACGAUGCACCUAUGUUUGGCGGAUAAGGUUUAAAUGGUUGGCUGAGAAGGAUAAGAUUCCGUUCCCGAAGGUAGAUGGGAUUCGACGAUUGCAGGAAAUACACAAGUUCCUCGCUGCUGAUUUGUUCCUUAUCAAGAACAUGCCGGAAACAUGUAGGCACAGUGCACUGCAGGAGUUGCUAAAGCGGAGGGAGCACCUCCUCAAGACGGUCCACCAUCACUUCGAUCUGUGA